AUGAGAAGUUGUUUUUGGGCUGAUUCGCGAUCAAAAGCUGCAUAUCAGUACUUUGGAGAUGUUGUUACAUUUGAUGCGACAUACCUGACCAAUAUUUAUAAGAUGUCAUUUGUGCCAUUUUCUGGAGUUAACCAUCAUCAUCAGACCAUAAUGUUUGGUUGUGCAUUGUUAGUUAAUGAAACAGCUGAAUCAUAUACAUGGUUAUUGAGAACAUGGCAAGAGGCAAUGCUUGGUAAAUCUCCUUCAACGAUAAUUACUGAUGAUGACAAGGCAAUGGCGAAGGCCAUUGCAGAGGUACUCCUGAAUACAACUCAUAGGUUGUGCUUGUGGCAUAUUUUACAAAAGUUUCCUGAACACUUGGCCCAUGUUUAUAACAAAUUUCCUGACUUUGGUAAAGAUUUUCGUCAUUGCAUCCAUGACACAAUUACAAUUGAUGAGUUCGAGCAAGAAUGGGGCGGUAUAUUAGCCAAAUAUGAACUAAUAGGAAAUAAUUGGUUGCAAAGUCUUUACACUCGACGGGAUAAGUGGGUUCCCGCUUAUUUGCGUUCAACAUUCUGUGCCGGUAUGUCAACAACUCAAAUGAGUGAAAGCAUGAAUAAAUUUUUCAAAGAUUAUGUCCGUUCAAGUACUAUGGUUAGUGACUUUGUGUAUCAGUAUGAAAAAGCUUUAGCUGCCCGUUACUUUAAAGAAAAAGAGAAGGAUGUGCGGACAAAUUCUUUGCGGGCGAUAUUGAAGACACCUCUUAAAAUUGAAGAAGAGGCAGCAUUGGUUUACACAAGAAAGUCGUUCCUGAUCUUCCAAGAUGAAUUGUUCAAUAGUUUACGGUACAAAGCAACAAAAUUAUCCAAAGAUGGUGAAAGAAAGACAUAUGGAGUGGUAGUUUGUGGUAAAGAGAAACCACUUUACCAUGUGACAUUGGAGAAUGGUGACGAAUAUGCAACAUGUACAUGCAGAAUGUGGGAGUUUAUGGGGUUUCUUUGUAGGCAUAUUUUAUGUGUUUUUGGUAAGAAAUCCAAGUUAGAUAAAUUGUCACAACAUUGGGUGAAAGAAAGAUGGACUAUUAAUGCUAAGACUCAACUCAUAACUGACAUACCAUUAAUUGAAGGGCAAGUGAGGGAAGGACAGGAUGAUCCUAUGAUGAGAAAAAGUAAGUUGAUGAUUAAACUUUAUGACAUUGUUGAACUGGGGUCGCAGUCAGCUGAAAAACAUAAUCACCUAUGUCUUGCAUUGGAUAAGGUUCAUAAAGAGUUACUUGCAAUGGAAGAUCAUGUAGAAUGUUCACAACGAGGAGGGGAGUCAACCAACAUUCAAAUGGAAAGAAGUCAAGUUGUAUCCAAUUUUUUACAAACGGUUCAGGAUCCUCCACGAGGGCCAACAAAAGGACGAUCAAAAUCUUUAAGAUCGAAAAACCCAAAAGAAACACAAACAACCAAAAAAAAGACGCUGUAG